CCAACAUUGAUAUAGGUGCAAUGUGCACCGUUUUCUGAGCCAAACGUAUUUUUUCUACACUGCAUACCCGCGCCUUGGCCCUCCAAUCUUUUCCGGUCUAAUAUUUUGAGUUCACUGUUAAGGUGCGAGUGUGUCCACUCAGCUCUCAUCAUGGUCAAAAAAGAACCCUUUCCAUCAUCUUCUUCCCCCUCCCGGAUACACAAGCUCCCACUAUUUGUCUUCAGAUAUGUUACACGUGAACUUGUGUCACCUUUGGUUUCUCCCUCUUCACAAGUGUGUGCAACUUUGACAAAGGAGGAAAGAAUCUCAAUGGCCUUAGGCCAUCAUUCCUUCGAGCACAGUGAGCUCAUUACAUUAUCGAGGGUGACAAUAGACAGAAGGAAGCUUAAGAACGCAGGGACUCUCUGUAGCUUCUUUUUCAGCCAUUAUAUUCGAUUUAGAAUAUUACGUUUCAGGCCAGGGCAACGAGAACGAGGAUCUUCUAGGUCUCUGAUAUCAAGUUGGGAGCAGAGCUGAGGUUGCGGCUUGAAUCUUCGUCCGGUAAUUGAGUCGAGAGACACUGCUGGAAGCUAGAGGCUCGAGUGACUGUGUCCGGGUACCAAAAGAGAUAAUUCUUAUUUUCUUAGGCUUUGACUGUGUAUCACUUGAGACUGCGUCUGUUUGCAGAUGCCAAAGGUCCACAUGGUUAGAAAAUCCCCCUGGCAUG